UUUCAGAUGAGAGAGGUAGAGACGCAUUGGAACCCGCAGAACAUUGAGUUUGUUUUUCUACUGUUCUGCGGGUUCGGCUGCGUCUACACCGCUCUCUUCAGAAAACCAGGGCACACUACGCUAGUCAAACCUCGCCCUUUUUUAGUGUGAAACCUGGUGGGAGCCGCUUGAGAGCGUUUUUUUUUUAAUUGGGCUUCAAAGAGUUCACAGCUGAGCUGCAGAUAAGUCAAUUUUCCCUUAGGAUGCGGUUAAUGGAAACGCUUUGGUCUGGAGACUAGUGUGUUUACAGCUCAGCUUUUACAGUAAAAAGGAUUGGGGUUUGAUUAGUGACUUGUGCCCCGCUUUCAGAAGAAAGAAGCACUGAAACCAGUGGAACAAACUAAAGAAGCAGUAACAAGGAGAUUAAUACGAAGAGCUGUCUUAAAUAACAGCUGAUUCUUCGUGGUGACUAUUACAUGGUGAAGAAACUUUUGGAAGAGAAUAGCUCUGGUGAUAUGAACAUAAAUUGUGUGGAUGUGCUUGGGAGAAAUGCUGUUACCAUAACUAUUGAAAAUGAGAAUCUAGACAUACUGCAGCUGCUCCUGGAUUAUGGUUGCCAGUCUACAGAUGCACUCUUGGUGGCCAUUGACUCAGAAGUUGUGGGAGCUGUAGAUAUACUACUUAAUCAUCGACCAAAACGAACCAGUAGACCAACAAUUGUUAAAUUAAUGGAACGUAUGCAGAAUCCAGAAUAUUCAACAACAAUGGACGUGGCGCCUGUCAUUUUAGCUGCUCACCGUAACAACUAUGAAAUUCUAACAAUGCUAUUAAAGCAGGAUGUGUCACUACCCAAACCUCAUGCUGUUGGCUGUGAAUGCACAUUAUGUACAGCCAAGAACAAAAAAGAUAGCCUCCGGCACUCCAGAUUUCGUCUUGAUAUUUAUCGAUGUUUGGCCAGUCCUGCACUAAUAAUGUUGACAGAGGAGGAUCCAAUUCUGAGAGCCUUUGAACUUAGUGCAGACUUAAGAGAACUAAGCCUUGUAGAAGUUGAAUUCAGAAAUGAUUAUGAAGAACUAGCUCAGCAGUGUAAAACCUUUGCUAAAGAUUUGCUUGCACAGGCACGAAAUUCUCGGGAACUUGAAGUUAUACUGAACCAUACAGCAAGUGAUGAGCAUGUGGAUAAACGAGGGCUGUUAGAAGAGAGGAUGAAUCUGAGUCGCCUAAAGCUUGCUAUUAAAUAUAACCAAAAAGAGUUUGUUGCUCAAUCCAAUUGCCAGCAAUUUCUCAAUACUGUCUGGUUUGGACAAAUGGCUGGUUACCGCCGCAAGCACACGUUUAAGAAGAUUUUCACAGUCUUGACAGUGGGCAUAUUUUGGCCAAUACUGUCUCUUUGUUACUUGUUGGCUCCAAGAUCUCGAAUAGGCCGAAUAAUUCACACUCCUUUUAUGAAGUUUAUUAUUCAUGGAGCAUCAUAUUUCACAUUUCUAUUAUUACUUAACUUGUAUUCACUUGUCUACAAUGAAGAUAAAAAAAACACAAUGGGGCCAGAAUUGGAGAGAAUAGACUAUCUUCUAAUACUUUGGCUUAUUGGAAUGGUAUGGUCAGAUGUUAAAAGACUCUGGUAUGAUGGCUUAGAAGACUUUUUAGAAGAAUCCCGAAAUCAACUUAGUUUUGUCAUGAAUUCUCUAUAUUUGGCAACGUUUGCUCUCAAAGUAGUUGCCCAUAACAAGUUCCAUAAUUUUGCUGAGAGGAAGGAUUGGGAUGCCUUCCAUCCUACACUGGUGGCAGAAGGUCUGUUUGCUUUUGCUAAUGUUUUGAGUUACCUUCGGCUUUUCUUCAUGUAUACAACAAGCUCUGUCCUGGGGCCACUUCAGAUUUCAAUGGGGCAAAUGUUACAAGACUUUGGAAAAUUUCUUGGAAUGUUUCUUCUUGUGUUGUUCUCAUUCACAAUUGGGCUGACCCAACUUUAUGAUAAAGGAUUCACUGUGGAUGAAGAGAAGGACUGUGCUGGGAUUUUCUGUGAACAGCAAAGCAAUGAUACCUUCCACUCAUUUAUUGGUACCUGUUUUGCCCUGUUUUGGUAUAUAUUCUCCCUUGCGCAUGUAGCCAUAUUUGUCACAAGGUUUAGCUAUGGUGAAGAACUGCAGUCUUUUGUGGGGGCUGUUAUUGUUGGCACAUAUAAUGUAGUAGUUGUGAUUGUCCUUACCAAGCUCUUAGUGGCAAUGCUUCAUAAAAGUUUUCAGCUGAUAGCAAAUCAUGAGGAUAAAGAAUGGAAGUUUGCUCGUGCCAAGCUGUGGCUUAGCUAUUUUGAUGAUAAAUGCACUCUACCUCCACCAUUCAAUAUCAUCCCUUCCCCCAAGACUAUCUGCUAUCUAUUUAACAGCCUCAGUAAGUGGAUCUGUUCUCAUACAUCAUCAGGCAAAGUCAAGCGGCAGAAUAGUUUAAAGGAGUGGAGAAAUUUGAAGCAAAAGAGAGAUGAGAAUUACCAAAAGGUGAUGUGUUGCUUAGUUCAUCGCUACUUGACUUCCAUGAGACAGAGAAUGCAAAGUACUGAUCAAGCGACUGUAGAAAAUCUCAAUGAACUACGGCAAGACUUAUCAAAAUUCCGAAAUGAAAUGAGAGACCUACUUGGCUUCCGGACUUCCAAAUACGCUAUAUUUUAUCAAAGAAAUUAAAAAUGAAGGUUUUAAGUAAAACCUUCAUUUGAAUAUUUUUGUUUUCACCCCAAAUAACAAAAUAUGAUGAUUUCUUAUUGUUGCAUUUUAAAAAUACAGUAGCAUGAGAUGCAGAAAAUUCAGUUGUGAACAAAAUGACAGUUUUUUUAUUUAUACAGUAUGUAAGAUUUCUGCUGAGUCUGCCAAGGCACAUGUGGAGUUUGAAAAGCCUCAUUAACAAUUGAAGUUCAGAACUUAGGCGUCAGUCCUAACCCUACUUACUUGGGAGAAAGCACCAUUGCAUUCAGUGGGACAUACUUCUGAGUAGACAUGGUUAAGUUUGAGAUGAUUUGUCUGCACACUUUUGCAUUUUUGAGAAGGGAAUAAUUAUUGAAUAUCCCACCCCAAAAUAUAUGGGAUGUGGCAGCACAAAUAUCUUUAGCAGCUUAAAACAAUUUUUAUCCUUUCAUAUAGAAUAGAUAUGCUAGGAAGAUAUGGGAAUACUAUAAAAGAGCACAUUUGUGGAAAGGCUAUCAAUAAACAAAAUAUUUUUUUUCAUCAAAAGGAUAAUAAAUAUAUUUUUAAAAUACUCAUUUGGAGUAGACCAGCAUAAAACUUGAAAGGCUAUAUCAUUAUAACAUUAACAUUUGCCAUUUUUUUGUACUUAGUGCCACUGAACGAUACCAAAGAUUAUAAUAUUUUGGAACGGAAUCUCAUAUAAAAAUAGCGGUUGUGUAAAUUUCUAAUAGAUAAACCUAAGGCAUCAUCUGCGUCCAUAUCGUUUGGUUCUAUUUAAAUCAACUUGUUUUCAAGUGAUAUUCCUAAAGUAACACCUGAUCUAGUGACACAGUACAUGAAAUAUGGAAUUUCAACAUUAUUCUUAAAUAUACCUGUAUAGAAGUCCUACAGAUUUCAGUGGGAAUUAGUUCAAAGCAGGUCUUCUGAAAUCAUAGCAUCUGUGAUUAUGGCAGUCUUCCCCAACCUGGUGCCCUCCUGAUGUUUUGGACUACAAGUCCCAUCAGUCAUGUUGGUUUGGACAGAUGGAAAUUGUAGUUCAAAACAUGAGGACACCAGGUUGGAGAAAGCUGUAUUAUGCAGAGUCCUUUUUGUCAUAGCGGUAAAUGAAAUAUUAGAAAUAAUACUUUACUGCCAAGCUGAAACAUUAAUUGGAAUGGAAAUGGUCUGCUAGUAUGUAUAUAUAAGGACGGAGAGAUUAUGGCCCCAAUCCAAUUGUAGGUAAUUAUGCUUAAAUUCCAGUUAUAUCAAUGGGUCAAGUUAGAUACAAUGAACUUAAAUCCCACUGAUUUCAUUGGAAGCAUGCCAAAUUUUAAUCGGAUUGGGUCCUGUGUGAUCAUUGAAAACGUGCUAUGGAGACAUUAACUGUUUUGUUCUCAUAGUACCUAUUUUGAAUGCAGUUUGCUUUGGUUUCUGAUAUGGUUUAUAUCAUAAAUAUUUAUCUGCAAUGUCAUUCUAUUUGAGGAACAAUUAAGCGAAGGAAUGGGAGUACAGAUACCAAUGCUCUGUAUACUUCAAUAUGAAAAUCUUCAAUGUACUGUAUUACAUGAAACUUUUGUAUUUCAUUGUGAUGUGAUGGGUACAAUCAGUUAGCCCUGGUUUAAAUAUUUCCUGAUCAUUGAAGAGAUUGCUACCUGUUCAGGUAAAAAGCACAUACAUUGGCCCAACUUCCAACCUUCAUGAGUUUAGUGAAAAAGGUGUGAAGGGGGAUCCUAAGUACAUUCAUCUGAUGAUAUCUGUGUUAACAGGGUUCUUGUGUUAUCAAAGUUCUGAUUGUGAGGAGGCUUCUAAGUAAAACAGGCACAACCAGGGAAUUGGGGCAGGGAUGACACAUGUGCCCUGGCCCCCUACUUAACUUUUGCCCAUGUAUGUUCAGGUUGAACAGUUGAGGAUAAGUGGAACAGCCCUGAAUCUUAUGCCAGGGUUAGCACAUACCAUAGCCAUGGUAAAAAAGAAGUUACUUUUGCAUCAGGCACUGGUGUGCUUAAGUCUCAUUGAUGUCAUGGGAUGUAAAUACACUAGGCAUUGCUGAUGUCUAUCUUAGAUAUUAACUUGCAGAAUUUAAGGAUAAAAGGUGCUGGCCACCUAUGUAGUUGUAACUUAAGUCUGGAAACAAGAGAAUGAGUUUUAAGUCAACUUUCCUCCUUUUGAGAUAAUUUAUUAUAACAAUGUUUUUUUAAAUAUAUAUAUAUAUAAUGUGUGUUAAGAAACUAUAUUUGACUUCAUUGGGAUUCAGACUAUCUGAAGAUUUUUUAAAAAUUGUAUGCAGACUUCAAUUUGAAUAGUGACUCAGUCCUGUUUUCCAAAAAAGUUGAUGGCAUUCUGAGCAAUGGAAAACAAAUCCAAGAUUAUUUGCUUACAAUAUAUGAAUGCUUUGUACCAUAUGUUAUACCUUUCCUAUUGAAGCACUACAAAAAUAGAAGCAUAAAAUAGCUUUUUAAAAGGCCAAUGCUAACCUAAUGGAUAAUGCAAUAUUUUUUUCAGGGAAGUUACUACUGUUGCUAACAUAUAUAUCGUAUGAACCUGUGUGGUCUAGAGAUCUUCAUUGUAAUGUGCAGAACAGAAGCUAGUUUAUUUUGUUGUACUGUUUUCUUCAUUUUAUUUUUCUGCCUCUUUCUUCCAUGCAAUCAGACUUUAGCCUGUGAUUGUGUUUUUUAAAGGCCUUACAGAAAUAAAUGGCAAGAUAGGUGUUUUCCAGGUUGUUAUGAAUAAUUUGUAGGGCCCUACCAAGAGUGUUUAUCCUGUGGUACAGUUGUAACCAUUUUUAAAGGAGUAAUUACCAAUAAUUUGCUCUAGAUGUAGUGGCCUUAAUGCCGUCUUCUCUCUUUUUUUUAGAAAACUUGUUUUCUUGUCAAUAUUUCAUGUCACAAGCACCCAAAGUGGAACAAAUAGCUCAAAAUAAGUGAUAUAGAAAGAACUCAUAAGAAAGCCUGAUUAGAAUGUGUUUUGCUGCAGGGUUGAGGAUUUAUUUAUAUAUAAAAUGCAGAAUUCAGUCAGAUAUGAUGGCAGUUGACGGCUUUUUGCUAAUGAGCCAGCUGUUGUCUUUGGACUUAUCAUUCCUAAUUCUUUUUCUUUAAGAGUUUCAUAACAAUCCUGAAUUAUUUCUAUAAUUUAAGGGGCUUUUUUAUAGAAUGGUUGCCUUUUCUAAAGGCUCAGGUAAUAAUUUGUUUCAUUUGUAUCUUGGCUUUCUCCAAGGAGCUGAGAACAUCAUUUUAUCAACAGCUUUGUGAGGUGUGAUAGGCUGAGAUCAUCAUGUCUUGUCCAAAGCUGCACCUGCCCAGUUUGAAUGUCAUGGUAAACCAUAGUUAAUGAAUAAAUGCUGAGGUCGCUCCUACUUCACUCCUCCCCUAGCAUGUGCAGGAGCAACAAACAUUGUUUUGCUCUGACAAACCAUGAUUGCUAAGUCAAGAACAAAUGUUGGCUUCACACUGUGGUUUUUCUUGAAGCAGUAUAAACUGCAAUCCCUUGUUCCAAUGUAACACUAUCCCAGUUAUACCAGUGAAGGAUUGAAGCAGGAGUGAUCUCCACAUUCACAGUAACCCACUAACAAUAAUGUGCAAACAGUGUCACACUGUGGACUUCAUAUCCAAGUGUAUUUGAACCUGGAACUACAUUUGUUCUCAUACUCCUUCAAUCUUACAGUUGUGUUAUUUUCUUAACACAUUCAUCCUUUUGACAAUCCAAUGAGAUUUAACUGCUCUUACUGACAGAUGAAGAAUGCAAACAAAGACUUAGUGAGUGGCAACCAGCCUAUUUAUAUACUUGUGGGAUUAUUUUAGAUCAGCCUGUCUCGGUUGUUAACACUGUAGAAUGUUAAAUCUUAAAAAUGAACAACUGUUAGUCAACCACCGUUGCCAGGUUUGCUCAGGGUCAGCAUCGUGCCUAUUGGGUCAAACUGGCUCUUCUGGACAUAGCUUUACAAAUGAGAAAAAUCUUUAUUAGCUUUUAUGUCAUUCACAAAUGUGUACUGUGCACAGUUGUGCUUUUUAAAGUUUGUUUUGACCUGAGAUCAUUAAAAAAAAUCCAUCCUGCCCAAAGUCCUAAAAAUACUGGUAAAUUUCACUGAAUUAGAAUGCUCUGCAUAUGGGCCCAACCCUAGCACAGCCUAGAACCAUCCAAAAUCCAGUCCUUGACUUGGGUGUGAAGCGACUCUAGACAGAUGAAAGCUUUUAAAGUAUGAGGGCCAGGAUAAGAAUCAAGGGAAAACAGCAUGGGAAAUGAAAAGUGACUUGCCUGCUAUUUGUAGAAUUACUGAGAUGGAUCCAGGUUUAGUCAUGAUUGGAACAGAUGACCAACUUAAGUCCCAUUGAUUUCAGUGGGGUCUAUUCUAAGGCUUACUAAGUACGAAUCCACUCACUGUUCAUAAGUUUCAGUCAUUCUGGAAUGGACUAGAAAAAGUAGGAAUUGUAUAUGUACUGUACAUCAUGAUUUUGAGUGUGGCCCUUACACAAGAUAAACUAAGUAAUUACCCAUCUCUAAUAUACUGUGGUUCCAAACUUGGGUCCUCAUCAUUUAAUGUUAGUAAGAUAAGAAUCACAAUCAGACGACAGGCAAUGGGGUCCUGUUAGUUCUAGCACAGCCUACAGGCACUAUUGAAGUUUUCUAUCUCAAUUACUAAUUUUUCUUUCUACUUAAUUAUUAAAUAUAGCAUGAGUUUUUUUAAGUGUUUAUUAAAUGUAGGUUACAAUGCAAUGAAACAGGAAGACUGAGUUUAAAAUGAAUUACUAUAAAUAUUGCACUUAGAUCACAUCAGUCAUUUUAAAAAAAUCCUUCUGAGAGAAGUAUAAAUUAAGAGCUUCAGUGUAGUGAUAACGUGGUAUAUUGCAGGCUGGCUGAUGUUGCUGAAGGUUUUGAAAUAUAAAAUCGGCAUUCAAAGUAUAUUUCUUUCAGUAUGUGCAACAUCAGUCUAUGGAAAUUACAUGACUGAAAAAUUCCAGAAAGUAUACCACAUUCUUGGAAAGGACAAUUCCCCAUUUUGUUUGCAUGAGGAGAGAUUCUGGAGGAUAGAUGACAGCGCAGCUAGAUAAAUUUAUAUUCAACACUGUUUGGUUUUUAAGACAUUCAGGACCUUUUGAUUCUUAGUCUUGAAACUCAUUGUAAAGCUGCUGGGCAGAAUUUUACCUCUGCCAUCCUCUUCUACCUGUCCCAUAAUGACAUAAUUUAGACCUGUUGAGAGAGGGAGAGUUUUUUUUUUUUAAGUAACAAUUUCUGCUACAAUUUCAACAAUGCAGUUAUAAUUUUGCACAUUAUCUUUAUAGCGUAAGCAGUGAAUAAACCUGUAUGUUUCAAUGUGGCAAAUGGCAUUCCAUGACCCCAAUAUUUAUACCAGAGCUAAAUUGUCAGAGAGAUAAUUUAUCUCCUAGUUGAAUGUACUAAAGGUGUGGUAUCGUCUUUGUUUCUUCUUCCAUACAAAUGUACUAAAGCGGAUCGACCAAUUGCUCCAGGAAAUAAGAGGGAGGGAAACAAACUGGACUUUAUGCAGAAAUGUGAAGACUAGACCAGGAGUAGCCCAUGUGGUGCCCUCCAGUUAUUGCUAUAGUCCAGUUCCCAUUAUCCCUGACCACUGUCCAUGCUGGCUGGGGCUAAUGGGAGUUGGAAGCCAGCAACAUCUGGAAGGCACCACAUUGGCUAUACCUGGAUUAGACUGAACACUAAUUUUGCUAUUAAUGUUUAUCUUUAAGAGACAUUAUGUUCAAUUCUGUUAGAUAUCUAUAGGACAGAAUGAGGUUUGGUGUUAAAUUAGGGAAUAUCUGGAAGUAUACAGAUGACCAAGUUACCCAUUAUGAACAGGUCUUACUCUGAAGGGAUGAGACAAGAGAUGAAUUAGUUAUGAAAUUUAAAAGUGUACAGUACUGCAAUUGUAACAUUAAAUCUUGUUUGAUUUUUAUCAAUAGAUAAAACACUGAAGGUGUGAAAACAUGAGAUUUGUUUAAUUUUCAUUAUGCUCAACUCUUAGAUCCUGCCCUACAUGGAAUUUGCUGUUCUUUCCUCAUAUAGAUGAAUUAAUGUCAACAGGAGUAAAACAGUAAGCCACUUGUAUUUCCCAACAGGUGAGACAAAUAGCGGUAUAAUGCAAGUAGGAUGAGUAGAGAUUAGUGGCACUGCAGCUAAACAUUUUGCAAAUCACUGACUAUUGAAGAAUACUAAAACAAUUUGCUCUCAGUAUUUGUUCAAUAUUCGUUUAGCGUUUCUUAGUCUUAAACACUGUGCAAGCCAAUGAAGAAGCUCGGAACCUAAUUAGCCUUUACUUGCUAAAACCAGAACAGGCCACAACAGCCUAUUUAAACAGUGAGCUGGUAUAUGCAAUCCAAUUUUUCUCGCUCUAACGUAUUCCAGUUUUAAAGGUGUGUGUAUGUCUAACAUUAUUGUAGGUUUGUCUUGGCUUACUGAGCUGUCACCUUUAUGACCACAGAAACAGCUUAACCAAUCCUCUCUUCUCUUUCAACUCAUUUGCAUUAUUUCACUACAUAAUUUGAAAUAACUGAAAAUAAGCAAUUCUAGAAUCAAAUUGU